AUGUCUUAUACUAGAUUCACUAAUUGCCAUUUAAUUGAUAAUGGCCAGUUAUACGAAUACACAGAUUUAUACAUAAAUAAUAAAACAAAGAAAAUAUCCCAUCCACCAUCGAACCCUGAUUUGGUUAAGGAAAUCAUUGAUUUGAAAGGUCAGAUCUUAGCUCCAGGUUUUAUUGAUAUCCAAAAUAAUGGGAUCUAUGGGUUGAAUUUCUCCAAUCUUAAUAGUGAAUCUACUGAAGAGGAUAUCACUGAGUUUAGGAGAUUCUACAAAGAUGCCAUGACAAAAUACUUGUCCACUGGUGUCACUGCUACUUGUCCUACUGUGACUUCGAAUUUCCCAGAGGUUUACGAAAAAGUGUUGCCAUUUUAUAAGAGAUCUAGAUUGGAUGGCCAGACUGAUUCUUUGGGUGCACAUUUGGAAGGUCCAUUUAUCAAUUUGAAAAAGAAAGGGUGUCAUCCAGUAGAAACUUUUGUCGAUGCUAAAGAUGGAGAAGAAAAAUUGUUACAUGUAUAUGGGGGUGCUGAUAACUUGAUGGAGAAUGUUUGUAUUGUCACUGCUGCUCCAGAGAUUGAAGGUGUUUUGGAUUUAAUUCCAAGUAUCACUGAUAAGAACUGUGUAUUUUCCAUUGGUCAUACCAUGGCUGAAUAUGAAACAGGUGUUCAAGCUAUUGAAAAGGGUGCCACUAUGAUUACUCACUUGUACAAUGCCAUGCCACAGCCACACCAUCGUGAUGCCGGUGUUGUUGGGUUGAUCAAUUCUCCAGCUGUUGGUGAAGCCAAGACUCCAUACUUUGGUUUAAUUUGUGAUGGUGUACAUGUUGAUCCAUCGAUGGCUAACUUUGCCUACAGAUCCAACCCUAAUAAAUGUGUCUUGGUUACCGAUGCCAUGCAUUUGAUUGGAUUACCAGAUGGUCAUUACAAAUGGGAUUCGCAAGUUAUUGUUAAAACCGGAGACCGAUUAUAUUUGGAGAAUACUGAUACUUUAGCUGGUGCUGCCACUACAUUACCACAAUGUGUGCGUAACUUGAUUCAAUGGUCGCAUAUCUCAUUACCACAAGCUAUUAAAACCGUCACCAAUAAUGCUGCCAUGUCCAUUGGUGUUCAAAGCGAACGUGGAUUCUUGAAUAUUGGCUGUGAUGCUGAUUUUGUCGUAUUGGACAAACAAGGCUAUGUGCAAAAAGUCUACAAGCUUGGUAAAGAGUAUAAAUCAUCUGAUGUUGUUGUAGAGAAAUCUAACGAAAAAUUAAAUGCAAUGUUAUAG